AUGGCAACGCGACAAUUGGCGACGGGAACUUCGAUAUUCUUGUUGGCAAGAAUUGGACAUUAUAUAUCGAUUGCAUAUAUCCUGAUGGUGGCGGGGAUUAUCGUCGCGGGAACGGAUGGAGUGUUCAUUGCGAAAAAUGGAAGCGUGAAAAUGGGUAUCGUACAUGCUGGUCCGGGAUUCGUUAUUGCUGUUGUUGCUGCUGCUACUAUCUGGUUAGAGGGAUAG